AUGUUACUCAAAUCAGUCCUAACAUCUGCUCUCCUGGCCCUUUCGCUGGGGUCGGAUCUUGUGACUGCGUCUAAACAUGGACGCUUUGCAGAGAAAGCUCGUGCAUCACAGGAUAGGGCUAAACGGGUAGUUGAGGCUCGCAAUAGCCACCAGCAUGUGAAACCGCACAAGAACUACCGCUUUUUGAGCAAGGAGACCAAACAUUACCUGGUGGACUCCCUGCCGGAUGUUCCAUUUGACGUCGGCGAGAUGUAUUCUGGUCUGGUGCCAAUAGAUAUGGACAAUAGCUCCAGAGCGCUCUUCUUCAUCUUCCAGCCCACUAUCAACGAGCCCGUAGACGAAGUAACCAUCUGGCUCAACGGAGGCCCUGGAUGCAGUUCGAUGGAGAGUUUCUUGCAAGAGACUGGUCAAUUCAUAUGGCAACCUGGCACUUUUGCCCCGGUGGAGAACCCUUAUGCCUGGGUCAACUUAACCAAUGUUCUGUGGGUCGAUCAGCCCGUCGGAACAGGCUAUUCUACCGGCACACCAACUGCUAUUUCGCAAGAGGAGAUAGCACAAGACUUUGUCAAGUUCUUCAAGAACUUCCAGAAGAUUUUUGGAAUCAAGAACUUCAAGAUCUAUGUCACUGGCGAGAGUUAUGCUGGACGAUAUGUGCCCUAUAUCUCAGCUGCGAUGCUCGACGAAAAAGACAAGGAAUAUUUCGAUCUAGACGGUGCGCUGGCAUACGACCCAUGCAUUGGGCAGUUCGACUAUGUACAGCAAGAAAUUCCCGUUGUACCCCUUGUCCAGCAAAAUGCAAACCUGUUCAACUUCAACCAGUCAUUCAUGGCUGAGCUUGACAAGAAACACAAGUCCUGCGGAUACGAGGAGUUCAUUGACAAGUACCUCACUUUCCCGCCACCUGAAGUCCAACCAUCCAUGUUCAACCACACCUCAGACCCCGAAUGUGCUCUAUUCGAUUUAGUUUACAACGAAGUAUUCCACAUCAACCCAUGCUUCGACCUCUACGAGAUCAACCUGAUGUGCCCGCUCCUAUGGGACGUUCUCGCCUUCCCCACCUCACUCGACUACCAACCAGCCGGAGCAACCGUCUACUUCGAUCGCCCAGAUGUCAAGCGAGCACUGCACGCACCCAAGACAGCCUGGAGCGGAUGCUCCCCAGAUCCCGUGUUCGUGGGUGGCAACUCCGGCCCAGAGCAAGAAGGUGACAUUUCGGCGAACCCAAUCGAGCACGUCCUGCCGCAGGUGAUUGAAGCUACCAACCGCGUUCUCAUCUCAAACGGUGACUUUGAUAUGGUUGUUAUCACAAACGGUACACUCCUGGCCAUCCAGAAUAUGACCUGGAACGGCCAACUCGGUUUCCAGGAGAAGCCAAGCACCCCCAUCGAUAUCAAAAUGCCGGAUCUCCUGUAUGCCGGUGUCUUUGCGGAGAAUGGUGCCUCUGAGCUCGAUGGCCCUCAGGGUGUUAUGGGUGUUCAGCACUAUGAGCGUGGCCUGAUGUGGGCUGAGAGUUAUCAGGCGGGUCAUAUGCAGCCGCAGUAUCAGCCUCGCGUGGCUUAUCGUCACCUUGAAUGGCUGCUUAGACGCACUGAGGAGCUCUAG